AUGCAUUUGACCGCCGCCUCUACAUUGUUGUUCCUGUCGACAGCUUUGCAGGCCAGCGCUUCCAUCUUGCCAGCUUGGUACUUUGACAAAGCCACAUCGACAACGACUUUGGCCGCUGCUCCUACAUGCAACGGUCAUGCUGAGCUUUGCGGCAAGUCUUAUGCCGACGUUGUCUACAUCGGAGCGCACAAUAGCUACGCUGUGGGAGAUGGAGUGAGCGACAAUCAGGCGGUGAACAUCACAACCACUCUUGAAGGCGGCAUUCGAUUGAUCCAAGGGCAGGCGCAUGAAAAUUACGGCGUCUUUCGAUCGAGCGAGUCCAAUCCUAGCGAACUCUCAUUAUGCCACACGUCUUGUCUGUUACAAGAUGGAGGUUCGCUCGAGGACUAUUUGAGAAGCGUCAGAGCUUGGCUGGACGAGAAUCCACGAGAAGUUCUGACGAUCUUGAUGACGAAUCCGGAUAGAGUGGACAUUAGACGCUGGGAGGCGGGCUUCAAUUCAACUGGCUUCAAUGCGAACAACACGUGGUGGCCCGACAACAAGCGCGCAGAUGGCAGCUACGGACCUAGCCCUUCAAGAGAUCAGUGGCCGACUCUUGGUGAGAUGAUUGAUCAAGACAAGAGGGUGGUUAUCUUCCUCGACUACGCAUCAGAUCGCGAUCAGGUCUCCUGGAUUCUUGCAGAAUUUGAUUCCAUCUACGAGAACCCCUUUGAUCAGCUUGGUGAGAUUGCACCCGAAAAGUCUGUGCGUGGAGUUCGAGCAGCAGCCCUGACCGCCACAGCGAUCUUGUGCCCGCAGAGUUGCCUUUCAACUGUUCCGUCGAUCGCGGCCGUUCCGAUGGCACGUUGGCACUGCUGAACAAUAACAAGAACACCCAACCACUGGGUAGCACUGUGGCUAUCUCGACUCCCGACCGCAAUGCCACCUCCACGACCAAUUCUGCAGACGGAGAGAACGGCAUCGUAAGCACAGUGCAACGCUGUGCUUCAGAGACGAAGACUCGCGCAACCUUCGUCUUGGUCGAGUGAGUCGCCUUCCGUGCCGGGUGGAGGUAUGCAUUCGUAUGCUAGCGCUGACGAGCCGAUCGGUACCACGGUACCAAGCUACUGGGACACGCCCGCCAAAAACGGCGUGGCCGAAGCCGCUGCCCGACUGAAUAACGUUUCGCGACCUGGGAGCGCCAACGAUGUUAUCCCCUCAUCUGCUUCUCGCUCCAUCCUCCAACAUCCGUCGGCAUUUCUUGUACCACAUGUGGCUGCUGUGUUUGCCUUGGGGCUUGCUUUGCUGUAA